AUGGGUCUUUCACCAUUGCAGAAAUGUACAUCUGCUAUUCGUAUGUUGGCGUAUGGGUCUGCUGCUGACAUUGUAGACGAAUAUGUUCGAAUCGGUGAAAGCACUUCAAUUGAGUGCUUACAAAGAUUCGUUCAGGGCGUGAAUGUUGUAUUUGAGGCUGAGUAUUUGAGAAAGCCUAACAACACUAAUGUUGAACAUCUUUUACAAAUGGGAGAGUCACGUGGCUUUCCAGGUAUGUUGGGUUCCAUUGAUUGUAUGCAUUGGGAAUGGAAAAAUUGUCCUGUUGCAUGGAAAGGACAGUUUUGUCGAGGUGAUCAUGGUUCAAACAAUGACAUUAAUGUGCUAAACCAAUCCAACAUGUUUAACGAUAUUUUGGAAGGACAUGCUCCCAAUGUGCAAUAUACAAUCAAUGGGACACCAUAUAAUAUGGGGUAUUAUUUAGCAGAUGGUAUAUAUCCCGAGUGGGCUACAUUUGUCAAGACCAUUUCAAUGCCACAGGGAGAAAAGAAAAAGUUAUUUGGUCAACAUCAAGAAUCAGCUAGAAAAGAUGUGGAGCGGGCAUUUGGAGUGCUUCAAUCUCGAUUUGCAAUUAUACGUGGCCCAGCACGUGCCUGGCACAUGGACACCCUCAAGCAUACCAUAUAUGCAUGCAUUAUAUUACAAAACAUGAUUGUUGAAGACGAACGACAGACAUAUGGAGGUAAUUUUGAUUACUCUUAUGAUAAUGUGGAUGACAACAACUCAACAACCGAAACAUUUAGCGGUCCUCAUCAGAAUCUUGCAACAAGACUACAAAGAAGAGCAAGUAUUCGAGAAAAACAAGUUCAUCGUCAACUUCAAGGAGAUUUAGUCGAGUAUAUUUGGAAACGUUUUGGACAUGUAGAUGAUGAAAUUUAA